GCACUUACCUUUUUUUAAUAAUUUUUUUUAUUCUGUGGUGGAAACAAGCUUCCAUAGUAUUAAACAACGUGGCGCAGGAUGUGAAAAUGAUAACUGCAUCAGGCUGAAACUAGCAAAAAACACGUGUGUCACGCCUGACGUCGCAUUGCGCUGGGUGUAUGAUAGGACCCUGAGUUUCACAAAUCAUCACAUUAAAAAUACCAUUAAAACUGGAUGAUAUUUAGAGCUUUGAAGUGCUGGAAAAAGUGUGAAGCCCUUAUAUUUCACUCUCAAAAGGUUGUACAAACCCUUUAAAAAAUAACAUUCGACUAUUUCUGCCACAAUACCAUGGUUACAGUUAGAGUUACUCCAUUAAAUCGAUAGUGAAUGUUGGUGAUUUGUUGAUUGAAAAGCCUUCUAUAACUUGUUCAUUCAUGGCACAAUGUUUCUCCUGGUUUCCACGUCAGCGUUGUUUGAUCUAAUAUGGUUUAUAACAGAGAUUUCUGUGCUUCUCACCAUGUCUUAAAGCGAUAUUAUUAAAGGGAUAGCUGAUUUAAGGGAUGUCUUGAUUUAAGAAUGUUUAUAUUUGUACUGGAAAACCAGACAGAAACACUGAGGAAGAAAAUGACUUUUUGCAGUGCCGUCACUGUCUCUGAGCUUCAUAAAGCUCUUAUGAGUAGUUUAACAGCAAGUGAUUUCAACAGCAUAAUAGCUCGGCGCUCACACGGCCGAUGACUCUUCACUGCACUGAAUCUGUCAUUAUGUUAUUGACUUCACUGCUGGAAAUACACACUGAAUCACUGUAUUUCUCAGUCCUGAAAGCAGCAGGAAAACCAGACCAUGGAUGAUGUUGAUAGUCAAUGCGAUUCUCUACACGUGUCUGAACUUCAAAACUGACAAAACUUUUACAUCCACUUAAACCCCCAAAACACCAGCUGAUUCAAACAGACUUAUGAAGAAAAGAUCCUGCAGCCUUUCAGACACGCAAACCUGAGUCUUGUUGGAGCUGCUUUGAAUCUAAGUGAUGAAUGCAGAAAGAUCUGGUAUGCCGAUAUAUUUGUGUGCAUGUGAAAAAUCCUCUAGAUGUUGUUCUGGUGUGAAGGCGGCAUGUGGUGGGCAGAUUUCUGAGGAAGCAGAUGAAUAAAUGAUGACUGUAUAUUGACGGAUGGUCUGAUCUUGCUGUCGCUCACAAACACUGACAUUCUCUUCAUUCUGAAGAGCUCACGUUUUACAGCAUGAAACUCUUUUAGCAUUAAACUCUCGUUUCUGAUGAUCAUACCACAGGUGAAUAAGAUAGAAGCGUUAACUAAUAGAUAUUGAUUACAUUAAGAAUUGCAAAAAAAAAAAAUGUUGUAAUCCAAUAUCCAAUUUAAUUAAGGGUCAAAUGAUGAUCAGUUUAUCUGGAAAAAAACUACAUGUCAGAACUGAAAACUUCCUCCCAAACCAAACAGAUCAUCUACUGAACCUGAGCGUCCACUAACUAAACUAAACUACUCCUCCUCAUCAACAAGAGCUAACAAUGUGAGAAAAAAGGAAAAUAAUUAUUGUUUUUUUUGGACCAAAAAGAACAUAAUUUCUUUUUUUAUUAAUCACUUAAUCACCUGUUUAAAUAUCAAAUGCACUCACGGCCAUCUGUUCACCCAUGGACGUGCUGGUCUGAAAACGAGGUGUGUUCAGGCGUAUUGUUUGGCAUGUUGCUAUUUUGAGGAACUGAAAACGACUGUGCCUUUGACCAACUGAAACCUGCUCUAAAGUCAAUGGUGCAGUAUUAUUUUGUCAUUUAAAGGCGCAUUAGUAAUAUGGGCCCAUAGGUGGGUGCACAACACACGUACACUCUGCUUAUUACACACACAGAAGCACACAAACAUGCCAAAUAUUAAAAAUAAAAGGAUUACAAUGUAAAAGAUUAUUAUUGUGUGCAUAAAGAUAAAAAUGCUUUGGUGGAAUCCGGCUUGUCCUGUAGAUGGUCUGCUGACGCGCACGAGCAGAUCUGUUUCCUCACUAGAGAAGCGUUCAGUUUUUUCACUUGCAAAUUCCGCCAUGAAAAUAGCGAAUCCAUCAUGGCGCGAGCGCAACUGGCUUUUAAAAUGAAUGGGAGAUGAGACUCUGACUGGUUUAUUGCACUCACGCCCAAAUACUCAUACUCAUUGAGAGAAUAGGGACAACCCUUUUGGACCAUGUGCCUGGAACGCCGACCACUUUUCCCGUUGUUAAACUAUCAAAAGUGGAUUCGGACACACUCUAAGUACACUUGCGCUAUGAGCUUUAGACCAUGCGCUUAGAUGGUUAAAAUAGGGCCCUUAAAGUUUAAAGAUGUAGGAAAACUAACACUUCGUAACAAACACUUUUUUCUCCACAGCAGGGGAGCACUUUUCCACUCCCUAAUAUAUGGAAAAAAGUAGGAAGUCACAAAGUCUCAUGAAAAACAAAAACUUUUCUUCAAAUUGUGUCUGAAUUACACAGAAAGCGAGUAAAGAGCGCUCAUUUUAUAAUCACUGAAGCUGUCGGUCAGUUCAGUGUGAUACUACAGAAGAACAAUGGUACGUUUAAUAAGAGUAGAAUAUUUACAUUUUCCCUAUAAAAAUUUGUUUUUUGUACGUUACUGUUGUUAGUAAAAGUUAUUUUAAAUUUUUAGCUUCAGCUUCAGCUACCCUCCCUGGUUAUGAACAAACGUUCUUCCAGUAACGUUAAUAGAACAUUCCCUCAAUGUUAUCUGUAACCGUUUUUUCUGAAACGUUUUAGUUGAGUGUUUCAUUUUUUAAAUGUUACUACUUGUUUCAGAACAUUCAAAAGUAACAUUCCCUUAAUGUUUGAAGAAUGAUCAAAUGAAAUGUUCUCUUAUCGUUCACAUAACCAAAUGAUUAAAAGCAAAUGAUUAUUAUUCUUGUGGAUUUUGAUCUUGUCAUGCAUUCACACAUAAUGGGCUCUUUUCUCACGUGUUUGAGAAUGUGUGUGUGUCACGUUAAACACAUCCAGAAGGCACAUGCCGCGCUUGUCCUCAAGUGUUUGUUUGGUUUGUCUUCAGCGUUUCACUCGGCCUCAGAUGAUGUUGGCUUUAUCAUUCAAAAGAAAUCACUCCACUGUUUCCCUGGAAACAAAAAGCCACGGAGACAUCAGACGUGUGCCGUCCAUCAGCCUGUCCACGUGUGCGGCGACUGAGAGAAGAACUUCAGAUGACCUUCUGCUUUAAAUCUAGUUAUCUGAGCGUUUCUGCUCCUGCUGUACAUGUACAGUUGAUGUUUUAGAGAGGAUUUUUGAGUCACUUUAAAUGGCACUUUAUACUGCUCAUGUGUCUUCAGAUCUCUGUGAGAUUUUAGUAGAUGAUUUACACCAGCGAGGAGGUAUUGAUGUGACUCUCUUCCGCCCUCUAGAGGCGCUUCAGUCUCUUCACACAGACAUCAGUGGACAAUGAACCAUGUCAGGCAUUCAUUUCCAAAUGGACUUUAGAUGUGCUUAUUUCAAAUAUGUGAUUCUAAUGGGAUGAUAUAAUGACUUUAAAUGACAUUAAUAAGUAUAUUAGCUCUUGACGUUUAAUCUUAUAUAUUUUAUUGUAUUUUAUUGGAUGAUUAUGAUGAUAUUCUCUGAUGAACGAAAUUAAUGAACUUUCACAGACGAAUACUACAAAUAAACUUCUUUAAAAGCAUUUCAACUGAUUUAAGCAGUUUAGAAAAUUUAAAUGUACAUGACGGUUUCUAACAAACACAAUCUCUUGAUAUCAUUCAGAUACUGUUUCUGACAAUUAUCUAAAAUAUACAUGAUAGUUUCUAAGAUUUUAGUAUUUUUGUUAUUAUUUGUAUGUUUUUAUUUAUUUAUUUUAUUUACAGUUAGACAUUUUAGUGCUUUAAUUUAAAUUUAUUUCAGUUUAUUCCCAAUCAACAUUUCUAAUAUUCAUUUAGUUUAUGUUUUUCAUCUAAUAUUUUAUUUUAUUUCAGCUUUAUUUCAAUGUUUUCAAUAGUUGUAGUUAACAAUAAUAGCCCUGUAUUAAACAUCCAGAGCUAAUAAAAGAGCUUUUAAGUGUUUAUUCCAUCUGUUCCUGUGUUUCCGCAGGAGAUGGCCGUGCUGAAGAGCGUGUGAACGGAGAAUCGAUCAUGGCCGGCGAGAACAUCACCGUCAGCGCCAACGUCUCAGACGUCCACCCGCUCACACACAGCCUGUGGGAAGUGGUCGCCAUCGCCAGCGUAUCGGCCGUCGUGAGCCUCAUUACGAUCAUCGGGAACGUUCUGGUGAUGUUGUCCUUCAAGGUGAACAGCCAGCUGAAGACGGUCAACAACUACUACCUGCUGAGCCUGGCCUUCGCCGACCUCAUCAUCGGCGUCUUCUCCAUGAACCUCUACACCUCGUACAUUCUGAUGGGCUACUGGUCUCUCGGCAGUCUGGCGUGUGAUCUGUGGUUGGCGCUGGAUUAUGUGGCCAGUAACGCCUCUGUUAUGAACCUUCUGGUCAUUAGUUUCGACCGAUACUUCUCCAUUACCCGUCCGCUGACGUAUCGAGCCAAACGGACGCCGAAGCGAGCGGCCGUCAUGAUCGGUUUGGCCUGGCUCGUGUCCUUCGUCCUCUGGGCUCCGCCAAUUCUGUGCUGGCAGUAUUUUGUCGGCAAGCGGACGGUUCCCGAACUACAGUGUCAGAUCCAGUUCUUCUCCGAGCCUGUGAUUACUUUCGGGACAGCGAUAGCGGCUUUCUAUAUCCCUGUGUCCGUCAUGACCAUCCUCUACUGCCGGAUAUACAAAGAAACCGAGAGACGCACCAAAGACCUCGCCGAACUCCAAGGCGUCAACUCUUCGUCAAACUCCAGCGGCGAACCUCAAACCGUCCGCUCGUGUUUCGGCUGCAAGCAUACAAGCGAAAGAGAGCGAAGUCCUCCCAAACCUGCUGACUUCAACAGCUACGCCUCCUCAGAGGACGAGGAGCGCUCGGCUUCUCCCGGCGUCUUCCCGACGUCUUCCAGAUGCAAGGCCGACAACGAGGACCAGAGCUACUUCAAAACAAGUCCGACAAGAAGCAAGAAGUGCGUCUCGUACAAGUUCAAACCGGCGUCCGGUCCACUAAAGAACGCCAACGGAGACGCAAAACCCUCAUCCUUCUCGUCUGCCGAGUCUGUGAACGUACCUUCUUCGUCAUCUUCUUCCAAACCCAUAGAUGGCACACUGAAAAGCCAGAUCACCAAGAGGAAGAGGAUGGUCCUGAUCAAAGAGAAGAAGGCGGCCCAGACUCUGAGCGCCAUCCUGCUGGCGUUCAUCCUCACCUGGACGCCCUACAACAUCAUGGUGCUGGUCUCCACCUUCUGCUCCGACUGUGUCCCGCUCUCGCUCUGGCAUCUGGGAUACUGGCUGUGUUACGUCAACAGCACCGUCAACCCCAUGUGUUAUGCGCUCUGCAACAAAACCUUCCAGAAAACCUUCCGCAUGUUGCUGCUCUGCCAGUGGAGGAAGAAGCGGGUUGAGGAGAAGCUGUACUGGUGCGGACAAAACCCUGCGGCGGGCGGCAGACUCGCCUGAGAGACCCGUUCAACUUUACAUUUCCAAUCACAGCAGGACAGAAAUGGCACCAUUCCCAGAUUUACUGUCAACAGAAAAGUUUCUCUUCUGCUCACCAAAGCUGCAUUUAUUUGUUCAAAAAUACAGUAAAAGUUGUGAAAUAUUAUUACAAUAUAAAAUAGCUGUUUUCUAUGUGAAUUUAUAGUUAAAGGGGUGAUUAAUUAUGAUUUGACUUUUUUAACUUUAGUUAGUGUGUAAUGUUGCUGUUUGAUCAUAAACAACAUCUGCAAAGUUACGACGCUCAAAGUUCAAUGUAAAGAGAGAUAUUUUCUUUUACAGAAAUCACUUUUUAAACGGCUGGUAGGGACUAUAACGAGCUUCUUCCCAGGUCGGUGACAUCACUAACCCUAAAAUUUACAUAAACCCCGCCCCCAAGAACACACAACAAAGGGGGCGGGGCCAUGUUGGGCUGCUUUAGAGAAGAGGAAGAGUUGUUGUAGUAGAGUGUUGUUAUCAUGCCAUCAUUUUACGCCGGACUGCUUCACAAACGAGGGUCAAUUCAACACAAAAGAUUAACAUGACGGCACAUGCUAGUGGAUGAGUUGAAUCAACUCCACAGCAACUACAUAAAUUUAUCCACUAACCAUUCAGAAACGUCUAAAAGUUGUAACUUCUUCCUGAGUCUCUCCAUCAGUGUCGACUCCGGUUUGAACAAUGUAAGGCUGAACACCGUUACUGACAAUCCUCAUUUUGUCUGCGUGAGAUUCUCCAGCUUUGUUGUUGUUGAGCUGUUAAAGCUCCGCCCUCUUCUGGAAAGGGGCCGGGAGCAGCAGCUCAUUUGCAUUUAAAGGGACACAUAUAAAAACGGCAUGUUUUUGCUCACACCCAAAUAGGGGCAAAUUGAAAACAGCUAUUUUAAACUAAUAAUAUUUCACAAUUUUUUACUGUAUUUUUGAUCAAAUAAAUGCAGCCUUGGAGAGCAGAAGAGACUUCUUUCAGAAACAUUAAAAUAUCUUAAUUAUUCCAAACUUUUGACCGAUAUAUUUUAGUUCACCUCAAAAAUGAACUGUUUCAAAAAGGAGUCCUAAAUGUACCAUAAAACCAGCCCAUAUGAGCCUCCUGUAAAUCUUUACCAUGUUUGAGAAGGGAAUGAUUGAGUUAAAGGAAAAGUUUGCAGAUUUUCAACCAGCUUUGUGUCGUUAUAGUGUCGUUACAAUAUGUAAAUGAACGAUGUGUUGUAAAUGAUCUUUCUCCAUGUUACCUGAUCCCAGAUCUCUCAGUGUAUUUGCCAGCAAAAGCCCAUGGAAAAAGGAUGAAUUAAAACUAGGGACGAGCCGAUAUUAUAUUUGAAAGCCAAUAACCGAUAUAUUGGCCAAUAAAUCUAAAUCAGAAUAAAUUUAUAUAAUUUUUAAGAGGCAAAAACAAAAGUCUCACCAUUAAGAGCCAAGUCCCAAGCACACAAUUAUAAUGUUCUCAUUAUAAUAUUAUGUAUCUUAUAUGACAGACGUGCGCUGUAUGUUGCACUUAACUGUGUUUUCCUUUUUGAAGUGAUUUCAGUCAGAUUUCAAGCAAUUCAAAAAAGUGUCUCAGCUGAAGGAAAUAAUCCAUUAUUUAUCGGCUUCGAUAUAUCGGCCAAAUUUUCUUAUUGGGCCGAUAACGAUAACAUUAAAAAUGAACAUUUACCGGCUGAUACCGGUACAUCCCUAAAACCCGUACAUCCCGUUAAAAACGCAUCAUCCGGCAUAUUUCUGACAGCUCCAGGAAUUUUGUAAAAAUUACAGAUAGUCUGCAUUUAUGCACUCCCAAAAAUCAAAAAUGCAUUAUGGGUGUUGAAGUUUUUGGGAAAAGGCAACUCGUUUCUACUGACAAGUUUUAUUAAAAGCCCAUCUUGCCAGCGUUGAAUUCCCCCUUUAAUAGUAUUUCCGUCAUUUUACUGUGAACUUUUCCUUUAACUCUUGGGUUCAUGUGUGUGAAAUCUUUCAAGCAGUUGUGUGUGAUGUUCAGACACUUUCACAACACUAAACCUCCCACUGAUGUCAAAUAUGAGGGAUGAUGUAGAUCCAGUCGUAAGGAUAAGAUGAACGUCGGUGUUGAUGAGUUUCUCAGAACAAACACACCAUCAUCUUUUUGCUCAGUGAUGAUUUUAUUCAUGUUUGUUACCGUGACAGUGUUAAUAAGGGCUAAUGUUGUACAUUUCAAAGGCUCGAUGUCGAUUGUACCCACUUCAGAUGCCUUACUGUGCCAUUAUAAGAGUGCAGAGGAGUUUUAAAAUGACAAGGAAACUCUUAAACGCUUCAUUUCUCCUCUGCAGGAGCUGAAGAUGCAGUGAUUUCAUUCGAACGGAUCUGGAUGUUUCUUGCUGUCAUGUUGAUGAUGCUGUCGUGCUGUCUGCGUUUCAGGAAACAAACUGUUUAAUGACAGUGUGUGAUUUUUAUCUGUAGGUGCUUGGAAGAUUCUUUUUAAUGUGCCGUAAACAACUCAAUGAAGGUGAACAAAACAUGUCAGAACUUUCAAUUUUCGUCGGCUUUAUUGCUUGAAGGAUUGAAACCGCACUGCACAAAACUUUAGUGUUUCUGUCUUGUUUUCCAGCACAAAUAUCUAAACAUUCCUAAAUCAAGAUACUUUUACUGGAGAAGCAAAAUGACUGAAGAUAUGAAGUAUUGUUAAUUGAAAAAAUGGUGAGUUUAAGCUUGUAAAACAAGAACAAAUAUCUGCAAAUGGAGUCAGAAAAAUAAUGUUGUUUUCCCUUUGAAUUAAGUGUGUUUUUCUGACCCCAUUGGCAGAUAUUUGAUCUUGUUUUAAUCAUAAACUCAAUUAAUUUGACACAUUUUUCAGGUCAUUUCUCCAGUAAAAGUAUCUUGAUUUAAGAAUGUUUCGAUAUUUGUACUGGAAAACAAGACAGAAAUACUGUAAUUUUCAGUGCGUCUUUGGUCUGUUAAUUCCCUGUAAUCGUGUGUGUGAUCAGUUUUAUGAGACCUUUUGCACUCUUCAGUACAAAUAAAUCUGACAUUUAAAUGUUUAUUGAAUAAAAAAGAAAUAGAUAA